AUGGAGAGUGAAGAGAGCUUUUUGGUGUUAGUGCAUCAUUCUGGAAAAAUAAAAAAGAGUAAGAGGCACGGUGUGAAGUUUACAGACAGAGAACCGCUGAGUGUUUUUGUCAGGUCGUCUGAUACACUGUUGGAUCUGAAGAGCAGUAUACUGCAGAAGUUGGCCGUGGGUGGCACAAAGUGGGUGAAGAAGCUGUUCUACAAGAUCCCUAUUGCGGUUGUGUCAACCGGCGUGCAAUAUGAAACGUUCGUGUUACAAACAGAUGAAGAUAUGCGGGUGUUGUUUCAUUGUCGUUGGAGUUUUCCGGAAGUGAGGAUACAUGAGUUGUUUGCGAAGCUGGAACAUGGGAUCGAUAGUUCUGGUGCAUCCGCUCCAAACCCCCAGUCCACCACGAUGGGUGGUGCCUCCACCUCGAUGCCCGUCGUUGCACCUGAGUGUUUGUUGGAGUAUCGGCCAGUCGGUCCAGUUGGGGCAUUCACCUCAACUCAUCCAUCUGCAGAUGUAGAACAUGAGGGGGAACUGGAUCGGGUGGAAAAUGCUAUCCAAGAGGAUGACUCCGAUGAAGAGCCUGUUGACAUUGGAGGGGACAGCGAUGAUGAAAUUCCGACAAACCCAGGAACAUGUCAACCACCGUCAAGUGCCGGCACACAUGAGCAACCUGCACAUUAUUCUACCCUGGAUCUAGGAGCCAUCAGCCAACCGACAGAUCCAGCACCAACCUUUGGGGGUCGAGGCUUGCACGAGAAAAAUUUUGUAGCUGAAUUUCAAGUUGGCCAAUCUUUCCAUAGUAAGGAGGAAGCUGUGCUUACUGUAAAGGAUUACAGCAUUCGGCGUGGUGUUGAGUAUAGAGUGAUGGAGUCAGAUCAUCUUAAGUACCAUGGGAGAUGCAAGGAAUUUGGGAAGGGUUGCACAUGGAUGAUUCGCAUCAGCCUUCGAGCACGGAAGGGAACCUGGGAGGUUCGGCGGUACAACGGACCACACACAUGCUUGGCUACAUCGAUAUCCAGCGACCACCGACAACUAGAUUAUCACGUGAUCUGUGCCAAGAUCUUUUCUCUGGUUCGCGCCAAUGCGGCGGUAUCGAUAAAGGUAUUGCAAGAAGCUACCGAAGGAACGUACGGGUUCAAGCCAAGUUAUAGGAAGACGUGGUUGGCAAAACAGAAGGCGAUAGCACAGAUAUACGGGGACUGGGAAGAGUCCUACGCCGAGCUACCUCGUUGGAUCCUUGGUGUGCAGUCCACCAUGGAGGGGAUGGUUACGUUGUUGAAGACAUCUCCGGUUCGCGUCGGUGAUGACGUGGAUGACUCAACCGUGUACUUUCAUCGUCUUUUCUGGACAUUUCCUCCUUGUAUUGAAACUUUCCGACAUUGCAAGCCCUUGGUAAGCAUAGACGGUACUCAUCUGUAUGGCAAGUAUGGAGGGACUUUGCUCCUGGCCAUCGCUCAAGAUGGGAACUCCAACAUCUUGCCUAUUGCUUUCAGUCUCGUGGAGGGGAAAAAUGCCGAGUCUUGGUCUUUCUUCCUGACCAACCUGAGGCAACAUGUGACUCCGCAACAGGGGAUACUGGUCAUUUCAGAUAGGCACAAUGGCAUCAAGGCUGCACUGGAGAACCCGAACAGUGGGUGGUUACCCCCGCAUGCGUACCGAGCAUUUUGUAUUCGGCAUGUUGCAGCUAACUUCGCACUCAGUUUCAAGGGCACAGAUGCAAAGUGUUUGCUUGUGAAUGCUGCUUAUGCGAAGACUGAGGCAGAGUUUGACUAUUGGUUUGAUAUAAUGCGGACUGAGAAUCCGGCAAUGUGUGAUUGGGCGAACAGAAUAGAAUAUGAUAAGUGGACUCAGCACCAGGAUGGUGGCAGACGGUUCGGUCACAUGACGACCAAUAUAUCUAAGUGUGUUAAUUCUGUUCUGAAGGGUACACGGAAUCUUCCGGUUACCGCCCUAGUCAAGUCCACAUAUGGUCGACUAGCGGAGUUGUUCGUGAUUCGUGAUCAGACGGCAGAGGCUCAAUUGGCCAGUGGUGCCAAGUUCUGCCAGUCUUUUAUGAAGGCGAUGGAGCGCAACUUGAAAGACUCCAGAUGUUUUACUGUCACCUGUUCGAUAGACAGCAGUCUGAGAACACCGUUGCCGAGACGACGCCCACCGGGAGAUUUUCACUUGGGACGUACCGAGUUUCCCUCCAGCACCGUACAUGCGACUGUGGAUACUUUCAAGCUCUCCAUUACCCAUGUUGCCAUGCGAUUGCAUGUUGUGCCCAGUCACGGCUUGACUGGUCUAUCUAUGUCGACGAGGUCUACACCAUGCAGAAGGUAG